CAGGAACACAAUCAUGGCCGGCGUCCUGGUGCUGUUGGUGGCGGUGGGCUUUGCCUGCAGUUACUGUGUGACCCGGCCCGGUUCGUCUUGGGCGGUUCUCCCCGUUAUUGUAGUGGGGUGCGUCUUACUGAUUGCACGGAGGUCUCGGGCUAGCAGAGCGCGCACAAACCGCAGCGUCUGCGUGCUGGUGUUGGGGGACGUCGGUCGGAGCCCCCGCAUGCAAUACCACUGCAUCUCCCUCAGCAAGCACGGAUACCGCGUCUCCUUCGUUGGUUACCUUGGUACAAAACCACACUCGGAUGUUCUUGCUAGUGAGAAAAUAAAGAUCGUCCCCAUUUCGGAUCUGAAAGGGCUGACAGUUGGUCCCAGGGUUCUCCAGUAUGUGACGAAGGUUGUUCUGCAAUCACUGCAGCUGCUCUGCGUCCUGUUGAAGAUCGAUACCCCCGCCCACGUUCUGCUGCAAAAUCCACCAGGCUUGCCCAGUAUAGCUGUCACCUGGCUCCUGUGUGCAGUCUGGGGCAGCAGCUUCAUCAUUGACUGGCACAACUAUGGAUACACCAUUAUGUCUCUCACCCACGGAGAGAAGCAUCCAAUCGUCCGGAUUGCCAAGUGGUACGAAAGGUGUUUCGGAAGAUGUUCGGAUUACAACCUCUGCGUCACCAAUGCCAUGAAGGAGGACCUGCACAGAAACUGGGAUAUAAAGGCAACAACACUUUAUGACAAACCACCCAUGAUAUUUAAAGAGGCAUCUUUGGAGUCAAAGCACAGCUUGUUUCUGAAAAUGGCAAAAGAUUUUCCCCCGUUUAAAACCAGGGCCCAGCGCGAAGGUGACGGGGCGGACCGGACGGCCUUCACAGAGCUUGACCCCGUGACCGGGACCGUGACGUAUGCUGUGGGACGUCCUGCCCUCCUGCUGAGCAGCACCAGCUGGACAGAGGAUGAAGAUUUCUCUGUGCUGCUGAAGGCCCUUGAAGAAUAUGAGGGUUUUAUUAAGGAUGGAGCUACACUACCCUCCCUAGUCUGUGUCAUCACAGGCAAGGGUCCUCAGAAGCAGUACUACAAAAACUUGAUUGAGGGAAUGCAUUUCAAGCACGUGCAGAUCUGCACCCCAUGGUUGGAAGCAGAGGACUACCCAGUCUUGCUUGGGUCAGCGGACUUGGGCGUCUGCCUGCACAAGUCGUCCAGCGGCCUCGACCUCCCGAUGAAGGUGGUGGACAUGUUUGGCUGCUGCCUCCCCGUCUGUGCCAUACGCUUCCAAUGUCUGCAUGAGCUGGUGAAGCAGGGGGAGAACGGGCUGAUAUUUCAGGACUCGCAGGAGCUGGCUGAGCAGCUGAAGAUGCUACUUGCAGACUUCCCUGGUGUCCAGGGAAUGCUGGGUACCUUCAGAAGGACCCUGAGGGAUUGUGGCCUGCAGCGCUGGGAUGAGAGCUGGGAGCAGACUGUCCUCCCUCUCCUCACCGGAGACGUCCAGUGAAAACCCCACCUGGCACAGGUGGCCAGCGUCACAAGAACAGCUGCUGGCCUGACCGGGCACGUCUGCCUCUAGAGGACCCUGCUGUGUAACAGACUGCGGCAGAUUCUCAGCACUUACACUAGAAACAGCUGGACGACACUCUUGGAUCGGUACCUACACCUGGCCGUGACCAGUGUGGUUACGUUUCAGAGGGCUUCCUACACGGCUUGGUUACUGCCUUGAGGAAGAGGGCAGCAAGACCGCACACGUCCCCACACAGCGAGGCCUGUAGAUUCAUGAACAGCGCAGUGUGGUUCCGGGUCUGACCCGGUACCACACUCGCCCGGAUCCGAACUUCAGCGGGGACAAAGCGCGGCAGGAGAGGCUCGGGGAGAGACCAGCUUGGUUUUAUUACGAGGAUGAAUUCGCUUCACUUUCUCAGGUGCCCUUGGAUUUUGCUUCUCUUCGAAGUUGUCUGCCAGCGUGGUGCUCAUUCACCGUGAAUUAGAUUUCCUAGUAAUAGGAGUCUUCAACUCGAACCCAGAUCGAAAGGACUGUAAACCUGUUCAGAAAAAAAACCCUCUAUGUACAAAAAAAAGAACGGUUUACUUUUUUUAAUAAAGCACUUUAUUUCAUAAAUGGAGUUGUACAAUU